AUGACAGGAAAGCCCAGCUACCAAGCCAACGAGAUCCAGUUUGCCCUGGAGCUCAUGCUCCAGGACCUCUACAACGAGCAGAUCUCGGACGCUUUCGAUCAACGCUUCGGUCGCCCUUUGACCGACAAUCAGAUUCGCUAUCUGCGCAACAAGUAUGGCAAAGAUCCCGAUUUCGGGGCUCCUCUGGUCAAUCGACCGGCGAGCAAAAAGUUGAAGCGCCGUCGAGCGGAGCCGCCCGAACCUCCCCGACCUGAGAAGCGCGCUCGACGCGAAGUAUCGACUGCGACCGUGCCGGUUACUCCAGCCGAAGUUGCCCCCUCCCCAGCAGUUGAACCACAACAGCUGAAGUUGCCCCAGCAAGGUCAUGAUCUAUCCCCUACUGUUGUCGAGACGAUCGUUAAGAAGGAAGAAAUUGCAUCACCGACCCCCAGUCAAGCUUACGUGUUUUCACCGACCGCUCCAGCCUCCAGUUUGCCCGCUGCUCACCAGGCCCAAGAGGGGGGCUACGUCCCCAGAACCACGGCUGGAUUCUUCCCCCAGCAACAGCAGGCCGCAUGGGACACAAACUUCCGUCCGAUAAGCACAAACUUCGGCCAGACUUGGGUUGCCUCGCCGGUUGAAGAGAGCCCCGGCCUUUCGACCACACCUACACCCACCCCGAAUACCCUGUCCCCUCACCAGCAACAAUGCUUCUUCCCAGGCCCAGUCCAUGGUCUUCAAUAUCGGCCUCACAAUAUCCAGCCGUACCACCAUGGUCUACUCUUCCAACCUGUAGGCGCUCAAGUUGUCGCAGGCGGCCAGGCCGGGGUGUAG